AUGGAAAUUACGGAAGAACAACACCGCAAACACUUGGCACAAUUCUACCACGGGAUUAAUAAAGCAGAAACUAUUGCCUUCUCACUUUGUUUCAGUGAAAACAAUGCAAUUCAGGACAAAAAUACUGCCCUACGUCGAUGGAAGUAUUUUGCGUUAGGAGAGGCACUCGCCAAUAUCUAUCCCAACAUGCUUUGGGAAAAAUCGCGGAAGGACGUAAGAGGACGUACAAAAGGACUAAAGGCAGUUGGGAAGGCUUUAGGUCCAACAGGACCUUUUAACAAGGAAAGAAUGGUGGUGCUGUUGUACAGCACUAUCAAGAUGCGCAAGGCCAACCCACCCGCUCGGCUGCCAAGCUUCUUUUUGAACGAAGAAAUUCUUGGCAUCGAAGCAGAGAUGAGGUUCAACCAGAAGAUUGUCGAAAUCGUUAACCAACUGAACAAAGUUAAAGAGCUCGUUUCAAAACUGUACAGUCGUGAUAUGGACUUCGCCAGCAUUGAUAAGGAGCUGAGAGGGAGACACGCGAAACACUCGCUGAUUGCUUCAGAUCGCACUCCAGACGAGAACGGGCCCGGACCAAGGAUUUUGUGGACUGAGUCUUCAAAGAGCAUCUGUUGUACAGAGGGUGAAGUUAUCUUGCGCAAAGAAAGCAGGCUUGAAGAAGCACUGACGCGCUCUGCCUCGCUGUAUAUUAUAUCAAGGACCUCGCAUAUCCACGCGCUUUCGCUCAAACUUUAGGCAUCGUGCAAAGUGCGCUGAGCAAUGUUGAAGAGUUCUCGCGGUGCUGGAUGAGCAGCAAGCUUAUAAACAUUGUAACAAAGAUGAAGAAGUUACAUUACACCUGCUGACAAAAAUGGCGCGCGAAGUUUGUACACUUCGACACUGAAUAAAGCAUCCUAUG